AUUAAAGAUAUAGAAUCUAGGGUGCUUGAAGUCAUCAAAAAAUAUGACAAGAUUAAUGCAGAAAAGUUAACACUUGAUAGUCAUUUUAUGAAUGAUUUAGGUUUAGACAGUUUAGACCAAAUAGAAGUUAUCAUGGCUAUGGAAGAUGAAUUUGGUUUUGAAAUCCCUGACGCCGACUCUGAAAGAUUAAUGCGACCUAAAGAUAUCAUACAGUAUGUUGCAGAUAGAGAUGAUAUAUUUGAGUAG